GACGAAAGUAACAUCCGAAAAAUGGAAAUAACAUUUGAUUACUGAAUUUUAAUGGAUUUACAUUUUUAUCAACAUUUGAUUGUCCAAAACUAAGGUCCACAGGACUAUUCGUUCUACCAAACUAAUUGCAGUUUCACCACUUUCGCCCAUCCCUACUGAAGAGCAGUAUCAAGGGUGUAACUUGCCUCUGCCAGGAGUUGUAGGAAUUAGAUAGUUGAUUGGAUUGGCUGUGUUUGUGGUUCUGCUUCAUAGGUGGGUUGACAUUAUGCUGUCCUUGAUGCUCUCCAAGUGUUCCACUUAAAGCUCCUCUGAGUACACUUUAAAGUAGUCUGUAUGGCUAAAAACAUACAAAAAGGGAAACACAUGCUACAUUUUAAAUUAAUGUUCCACUUAAAGCUCCUCUGAGUACACUUUAAAGUAGUCUGUAUGGCUAAAAACAUACAAAAAGGGAAACACAUGCUACAUUUUAAAUUAAUGUUCUUAAUAAACAACAAUUACCUCACAUUAUACAUCAAUAUACAAACAGUAGACAGCAUAAUUAAGUAAAAUCACUAACAUUAUUUUCCCCUUACAGAUAAGAGGAAACUGACCUGAAUGAAUGUCUUGCAAUGGCUGCUGAGAAUCAACUGUGCCCUCCACUCCAUGUACAGAUUCUGACAUUAAUUUGAAGAAAAUUUUGCAACGUUGAUUGACAAUAGUGAGGAAGAUGGCGACCGACUCUGGAGAGCCUGCGAGUACUGACGAAUCAGACAAACCUGUUGGGUUCUCUGCAGAAAAGAAUCCAGCCUCCCAGGACACUUCAAUUGCCCAGCAGAAUGACAAUCCCUGCUCAAGUUCUGGAACAAGCGAGAGGAAACGAUUCUUCCGAAAGAGUGUGGAUAUCACAGAGGAUGACCGUAUUCUGGAGCCAGCUUUAAAAGAAGAAAAAACUGGUGACUAUGUUGACCAGCAGUUGGUGACAGCUCAAGUAACAAGUGCUGUAGUUACAGGACAGGAGGGCAAAAAUGAGCCCAAAACUGUUUCUGAGACUGGAAAAGACUCACUUAGGGAAAAGAGUGAGAAGGAGAUGGAGGAGGAGGCAGAGAUGAAAGCAGUGGCGACCUCCCCUGGUGGUAGGUUUCUGAAGUUUGACAUUGAAUUAGGCCGAGGGGCUUUUAAGACCGUCUUCAAAGGACUGGACACUGAGACUUGGGUAGAGGUCGCCUGGUGUGAGCUACAGGACCGAAAACUAACCAAAGCAGAACAGCAGAGAUUCAAAGAAGAAGCGGAGAUGUUAAAGGGCCUUCAGCACCCGAACAUAGUGCGAUUUUAUGACUCCUGGGAGUCCACAGUAAAGGGAAAGAAAUGCAUUGUGCUGGUGACAGAGCUGAUGACGUCUGGGACGUUAAAAACCUACUUGAAACGAUUCAAAGUGAUGAAGCCUAAGGUGUUAAGAAGCUGGUGCAGACAAAUCCUGAAGGGGCUACAGUUUUUACACACACGGACGCCCCCCAUCAUUCAUCGGGAUCUGAAGUGCGACAACAUCUUCAUCACUGGGCCCACGGGCUCAGUGAAGAUUGGAGACCUUGGCCUGGCCACCUUGAUGCGAACGUCAUUUGCAAAGAGUGUGAUUGGCACCCCUGAAUUCAUGGCCCCAGAAAUGUAUGAGGAGCAUUAUGACGAAUAUGUGGAUGUCUAUGCGUUUGGCAUGUGCAUGUUGGAAAUGGCUACUUCAGAAUAUCCUUACUCAGAAUGCCAGAAUGCUGCUCAGAUCUACCGCAAAGUAACCAGCGGUAUUAAACCUGCCAGUUUUAAUAAGGUGUCUGAUCCAGAAGUGAAAGAAAUCAUAGAUUGUUGCAUCCGCCAGAAUAAAUCAGAAAGGCUGUCCAUCAAGGAACUGCUGAAUCACGCCUUCUUUGCGGAAGACACUGGACUGCGGGUUGAACUGGCUGAGGAGGAUGAUGGCACUAGCACCUCACUGGCUUUGAGACUCUGGGUAGAAGAUCCAAAAAAGUUAAAGGGAAAACACAAAGACAAUGAAGCUAUAGAGUUCAGCUUUAACUUGGACAAUGACAACCCUGAUGAGGUCGCCUUUGAAAUGGUUAAAUCUGGAUUUUUUCAUGAAAGUGACAGCAAAGCAGUGUCCAAAUCUAUUCGCGAUCGAGUCUGUUUUAUCAAAAAGACGAGGGAGAGGAGGAUGUUGGCUGGAUUCUCUGAGGAUCGUCGUGAUUCACAAACUCAGCCUUCAGGGGCACCUGUUGUCCAGCCUGGUUUACCUAGUACAGCUGUCUAUUCACAGCCAAAUGGCAGUGAGAGUGAGGAAACAGAGGUAGACCAACAUGUACGCCAGCAGCUCCUGCAGCAGCAGCAACUUCAGCAGUGCUCAACGGUCACCGCAGACAGUGUGUCAGAUGCAGGAGCGGGUUCAGUCAUUUUCUCAGACACCUCCAGUCAGCAUAGUGCCAUCUACACUGCUGGCCAUGAACACCUGAAUGCUCAACAAGUGCCAGGUGUCCCUCAGCCAGAAAGCAGUCAUGCUGGGCAUUUGUACCAGACACAACAAGUUGUGGGGCACUACCAGCAGGCACAGCAGAUGCCUCUACCCCAGAUGUUGGCAGCACAGUGCAUUCCUCAGCCGACUUCUCCUUACCUGCAACCAUCAGCAAUGGAUGGACAAAUGAACACACAGCCUCUAGAUACUCGGCUGGCAUUUUCACAAGAUGGACAAGCUAUCCCUCAGACCUUAGAUCCUUCAAUGAUACCGUUGCUACAGCCAUCCUUUUCUGCAUUGUCUCCUCAGAUGGUUACAGGUCAAGUAACUUCUCAAAAACCUGGCACUGGAAUUCAGAUGGAAAGUUGUGCUGUGACUGGCAUGCCAAUGGUUGCCACUGCAGCUGGUGAUAACCAUGCUCAGGGGCUCCUACCUAUGGGACAUCCAGCUUUAAUGGCCCAGUAUGGCGGCUGCAUGCAGAGUGUAAUACAUCCUUCCCAGAAUCUCUUGACAUUGCAUGUGGGAGGUCAAAACCAACAACACCCCCCUCUGCACCAGCCUAUAAUGCCUCUGCAAGAUCCUUUAUUGUAUUCAGCCACAAUUCAGCAAGGACAUAACCUACAAAUUCAUUCACACCUAGAGCAACUGCAGAAUUCUCAAACUGGAUAUCAGCCUGUGCUCCCUCAGCAGCUCAUACUGCAGUCAGCAAUCGGCGAACAGCCACCAAAUGUAACAUUCUCUGACGGGGUUGUGCAGGAUGCUGUUGGGCAGCAAGUAUCGCAGAUAGAAGCAGACAAGCUUCUGUUUAAUGUACAGCCACCCUCUCUCCCAUCCAUUCCUUCUGAUGUUUCCUCUUUUGAUCAGGGAACAGCAGCUUCAGUCCUCCCUGAGCUUUCAAUGCAUGUCCAGCAGGCUGGGACACCCUCUGUGCACGAAAAGGUUCCAUAUACUCACAGUACAAGGCCACAAAUUCCUGUCCAGCAGCUUUCCUGUGAUCAGGAACAGACUACAUAUUCCAUGCAGGUGUCACAACCAUCUGUGCCUGAGCAUGCAGUUUUUCCUCAGCAUUCUGCAACAACCAGCAUCCCAGAGAAACCUUUUAUUUCACAGCAAAGUGUUAUGCAGAAUCCCCCAGAACAACCCCUUUACAUUCAAAUUCCUCCCAUUGAAGUAUAUGGUCAACAGUUUGUAGCAGCCUCUGAUCAGGCUGUGUGCAGUCAGAAGACCAUGCCUCCUGCUGCUGCCUUACCUGACCCACUAAUAUACAACCAAGUUCUUCAGACCUCUGACCAACCUGUUUAUGUACAAAGUUCUGUGCAACAUGCUGAUCAGAUUUUGCAUGCUGUACCAGCUGCCGACCAGCUCUUAUAUGCUCAGCACCCUGCACCCUCAACUGAAUAUGCUAUCCCACAGCCUGAGCAGCCAUUAUAUACACAGCAAGCUUUGCCAUCAGCUGAGUCAUCUGUUUACAUACAGCAAGUUCUACCGUCAACAGAUCAACCUAUAUAUUCCAUGCAGGAGGUUCCAUCUGCUGACCGACCUGUGCAUGGCCAGGAAGUUGCUAGAAUUUCUGACCAACAGGUGAAUGCCCAGCAAACUGUUCCACCCCCUGAUCAGCUUGUGUAUGCCCGAGAAUCUGCUGCACCCACUGAGCAAGCCAUCUAUAGUCUUAAUAUGGUUCCUCCUGGUGACAAUGCAGUUUACAUGCAGCAGGCAGUUGGUCCUGCAUCUCAGCAGAUAUACAGUCAACAGGUUGCAUCUGCUGUUGAUCAGCCCAUGUAUAACCAGCCUGCUUCUCAGCAAGUGCAUGGACAACAGCUAGAAAAACCUGCUGAACAAAUUUUAUAUUCUCAGCAUGCUGCACCAUUAACUGAUCAUCACAUGUAUGUUCCUAGGUCAGCACCUCCUGCAGUUCAGCCUGUUUAUACAAUUCAGGCUGUUUCCGUUAUAGAUCAGAUGUAUCAUCAGUCUGUCCCUCCUGCUGACCAGCAGCUAUAUAAUCACCAAGCUGUCCCCCAGUCUGACCCAUCCCUUUACAUGUCUCCAAGUAUGCCUUCAUCCAAUCAGCCCCUGUAUACACCUCUGCAGCAUGCUGUUUCUGAAAAUCCAGCAGCAUAUGCACAGCAAGUGGAGCCCGAUUCCAAUAAAGCCCUUGUGCCUCCUACAGAUAUACAAAAGUCACUGCCUGCUUCAGAGCAGUUUGGCUAUGCCAUGCGUUCAGUAGCAUCCAUGGACAAAUCAGGCUGUGCCCGUGAUAUGACAGAGCAGUUGGCAAGCCUCAAUUUACAGACAAAUGUUACACCACCCCAGGAGCAAAGGCCAGAUCCAUUGUCUGAACAUUAUAUUUAUUCUCAACAAUCAUCUAUUCAAUCUCCAGACAAACAAACAUCAUUACAGACACAAGAACUGCAAUAUAGCUACGGAGAGCAGAAAGCAAGUCACCUAUCUGCAUGCUCUGCUCAGCAGCCUUCUGAGAAUCAGUGCUACUUGACUUCCUUCAGUUCACAGCAAGCAAAUCAAGUUGCGAUGCAACCAGCAUUGCUAACCCAACCCGCUUUUCAUGUGCAACAAGCUGUUUCUUUCACCGACCAAGGCCAGAUGGCUCACAUCCCUGCAGUUCAGCAUCAAACCAGCCUCCAAAGCCAAGGACCUGUGAAUACUCCAGUACAUUCACAGGACUCUUUGCUGCAGCCUGCAUAUAGCUUGCAUGCUCCUGUACAGGUUUAUGAUCUCCAAACUGAUUCUUUGUCACAGGUGACGUCUCACCCACAGACACCGUCUCUGUCACAGAUGUCUAUUUUUCCAAGUCAAGUCCAAUCUGCACCUUUAGAUCAAUCGCAUCUGCAGCAGCAGCAGCCUCCUGUGCAAGCUGUGGGAGGUGAGAACAAGGAAAUACACUCCACAACAUUACUGGCGCAGCCACAUCCAGUUGCACACCUUACCCACCCCACGCCACAGCAGACCUGGCCUCCAUCUGUUGGAUUAUCUACAGAGCCACACGCCCAGCAUCAGGAUCCUUACCAGAGUGCCACAACAAAACAAACACUGAUUCAGUUGCCUCAGCCGAAUGCAGAAUCACAUCAGUCUGUCUCACAAGCCCUUGCACCAGAGCACACCACAAUCCUGAAGCAGGACUCUCUUCAAGGUGUGUACGCUGAUUGUGCCAGAGACUGCUCUAGUGCAUUAGAAAACACGCCUGGAAACGGCAAACAGGAUAAAAUUAAACAACGCAGGGCAUCAUGCCCCCGUCCAGAUAAACUGGCUCGCUUCAUACUCACUGUUUUGCAGGUUUCUACUUCUGGAGAUAAUAUGGUGGAGUGUCAGCUGGAAACUCACAAUAACAAAAUGGUGACUUUUAAGUUUGAUGCAGAUGGAGAUGCUCCAGAAGAUAUUGCUCAUUACAUGGUUGAAGACGAUUUUGUGCUGGAAGCAGAGCAGGAAAAGUUUAUUGAGGAACUGAGACAAAUAGUCACCCAGGCCCAAGAGAUACUGCGCAGUAUGCCAGCUGAGAAAACAAACACAGACUCUCUGCAGACUGAAGCAGGCAGUCAGGCAGGGUCAUCGGAACAUGUACAGAUACCAGUGCCAACAUCUGCUCAGACUGGCGGAGAAUCUGUUCCUCAGUCCUCUCCAGUUGGUCGCUGGAGAUUUUUUAUCAACCAAACAAUAAAAAAUCGCGAAGCUCAGUCUUCUACACUCUCUCAGUCUGAAGGGAUAAAGGAUCAGCAACCAGUUAAAGUAGUUUCUCAUCAAGAACAGAAAAGUCAAAGUGUUACAGAGGAUUCUUCUCAUUCUGCAAACAGUAGUUUCCUUGUGUCAGAGAAUCCUGUACCCACUGCGGUGCCUCCAGCAACAGAUGUCAAGGUUUCUACCACAGAAACAGAGCCCCAGUCUCAUCUGGCUGAAGUGGGUAAUGGUCCUGACACUUUCUCCUCUCCUGGGACCAGAAGUGCCUCACCAUUUGGUCAGACACAGCCAGAGUCUGUAGUGCUAGAAUGUACAAUGUCAGGCAUCUCCAACUGCCAGGCUCAGAAUGCACAAGAAUCAAAUGGCCUCCUAUACCCUUCAGAGAAUAUUGGUCAGCCUUGCUCUGGUCAACUACAUACUCAAAGUGCUAACGGCUUAUCACUUGGUUUAACUGCCACCGAUAACAUGACUUCAACAGACCCAGCUAUCCUUCCUCAGACCCCUGUCUCAGAAGCUUCGCUUGUGCACUCCACAUCAGUGCAAGAAUCUGACUCUGAAGGACCCCCAAAAAUAGACUAUGUUGACAACCGCAUUAAAACAUUGGAUGAAAAAUUGCGAACCUUAUUGUAUCAAGACAGCUCUGCUAGUUCCUAUGCUGACAGCCAGAAGGAGACGCACAGCACAGAAUCUCCUCUUUCUUCAUCCGCUGAGGACACCCUUUCAUGUCCUGUACCUGAUGCUUUUUGUGAGAAUACCACUAGUGUUCAAGCCACUCCAGAUGAGAAUGAAGUUGUUGAUUCCACUGGACCACGGGAUCCUGAAGCUGUAAUUACUGUGCCUGGUGAACUGACGCCAUCUGAGAGUUCUGAAGACGCCUGGAAUCCUGGAGCUUCUGCUAUUGCCUGCCCCAAACGCUCAACAGGUGCUGGAGCUGCGCAUCUGCAGACAGGAGCUGAGCCGGAUGCAGUGUGGCGGGAUACGUCUUCUGAUUCCACACACAUAGUGGUAGAAACGUUGGCUGAAUGUGCCUUGUCUGAGGUGUCUCCAGCUGCUGGAACUGGGACAUUUAAACGUGGAAGGUUUCAGGUUAUUACUGUUCCGCAACAAGAGCAGUCUGCUUCUGCUGAACCUGCUGCAACAUUGUCCCCCUCUUUGGAACCAGAAAAAACACUUUCUAUUGGGGAAACGGAGUCGGCUGGGACCAGAGCUGAGGAGACUCCACAGUCUGCAAGUACUGCCUGUGAGACGGAUGACUCUUCCCUUACCCCUGACCGAGAGCUAGAGGAGACCUCUGCCAAUGGUAGCAGUGCUCAGUCAGGCUCGGUAUUAUGGGUGAAAAACCUUAAGAUGCAAAAUGGUUUACAGAAGCAACCCAGCAGUGACUCUGAGCUGUCUGCAGCACCAACCAGGUCCCAAGAAUACAAGGGGAGAGAGAGGGAUGCUGGGCAGUACCCACAAUGGGAUAAAACAUACACUCCAAAGCAAAACUCCCUCAUCUAUUCUCCAUCAUCCCCCAUGAGCAGUGAUGACGAGUCAGAGUUAGAAGAUGAGGACCUGAAGGUGGAACUACAGAAGCUGCGGGAAAAGCACAUUCAGGAGGUUGUGACUCUCCAAGCCCAACAGAACAAGGAGCUUGAAGAACUAUACGACCGUUUACGCUGCUUAAAGGAAAGCAAAACACAGUCCUCCGAUACCUCUCAGCCCAUGUCUCCACGUCGCCCCAGAUCCCUAAAAAGUAAACAGCGCAGUAGACCCCAGUCCCUGACCCAUAUGGACAAUGGGAUUAUAAACUCAGAUCACAACCAAUACAGUGAGAGCAACUCAGACGCUUGCCAACAGUCUAUCUCUGGCAAAAAAAGCUUGUUCACCGAUGACUUGCACAAGCUGGUGGAUGACUGGGCAAAAGAGAAUGCAGGAAACCAGAUACUGAAACCCAGCCUCAACCAGAUCAAGCAAAAUCAGAACCGCACCGAGACAGACAAUUGGAAUCGAAGUUAUGAGAAUUCAACACCCACAUCAAGCUACCCUUCCGGUUGGGCGCCCUCGUUGCCUCAGAUUCAUGGGACUGUGCCGGCUGCAAUCCCACAGUCGCUUGUGCACCCUAACUUUGCAUCUUCAGGAAUGCCAGCCUAUUCUGUGUCACACGCAUGCCAGUAUAAUGCUCUGGGUGGGACUGGAUACCCUGUACAGUGGGCUGCACAGCCAGGAGUUCUCCCCACACAACACAUGGCAGCAUAUCAGCCUGGGAUAGGAGUACAAGCGUUUCCUAAUUCUGCAGCUCAUAAAGGAACUACAAUCCCAUCAUCGCCCAAAUGAGAUUUUGUACUGACUCAGCUAGUUCUGCACACUUGUGUCACUGUCUCUGCCUCAUUGAGGUGCUCUUGUGACGCACAUGUGUGUGAUUUCCACUUUUCCCUAUUAGGGGAAGACAUUUUUCUUUGUUGUGUUGAAACUAUGUGUGGAUUGGGUUAUGUUUCCCUCUGGUUGCUACACCUGUUCACUAUAUAUAUAUAUAUAGUUCACUUGGUUUUUUUUCCGUUUUUUUUUUUAUUUUAUUUUUUAAAUUACAUCUUUGUAAGGGUAAUUCCAUGUGCCAUAAAGGCCUGAGAAUGUGCCCCCUCAGUACAAACAUUCAAACCAGGCACCGACUUGGUGUUCGAUAACAGAUAACGUUUUUACUCGCUCUGCCUGAGAGAGGUCGAACAGCACAAGCAGAUAGUGUUCCCUAGCAAAGGUCACACUUACAUAUUCUUGUUAAAUCACUUCCCCAUCUUACAAGAGGAUUCAACUGUGGCCUUUUUUCCUUGACUCUCCCCUUACUUAUUCCUCGUGGAAACUGCAGCAUCCUCCAAAAAAAAAAAAAUAUUUAUUUAAAUUAUUUUUACCAUUUUAGAUUACUAAAAUGGUAUUUUUUUAAUUAUUUGGUGGUAAUCACUCAGUGCUGUCAUUCAAUUUAACAUUUUACUAGCGGGGAGUGUGCUGUUGGAACUUUAUUUCCCUUUAAUUACGUUAUGAGGUGAUUUAAUUUUAUAGUUAUGUGUGUGUAAAUAUGUGUGUAUGUAUAUGUAUAUAUAUAUAUGUGUGUGUAUAUAUAUAUAUAUAUAUAUAUAUAUAUAUGUGUAUAUAUAUAUAUAUAUAUAUAUAUAUAUAUAUUAGAUGAGUCAUCGCCACAAGUUUACAAUACUGAUACCUGUUUUUGAGAUUGUGCCCUUUACUAAUAAAUUGCCCAUGUCUUUUCAAAAUAUUAGACAAAAGAUGGAUAAACAUUUGUGGCAUUUGAAUGGUAAAACUGAUGUCUCUAGACUUCUGUUUUACCAUUUAAAGCAACAGUCUACACCUCUCACAUACCUACAUGUACCGAUUGGUUCAUCACAGACAAGAUUCAUGCAUCCUGUUCCAGAUAUUAAAGCGUAAAUAAUUUCCAUUGCACAUUCACUAACCAACGUGAGCGAGCUUCACAACCUAUGUGCGAAUCUUGUAAUUGGCUAGAGCGAAACAUAACAAAAUGAGCACACAAGGUAUGGGGGGGAGUUUGGUGGCCAUUUCAAAAUGGCAAAAAACAGAAAAGUUUUAAAAUUGUAUGGAAAUUGUCUAUGCUUUAAUAUGUGGAACAGGAUGCAGGAUCCUUGUCUGGGGUACAUGUAAGUAUGUGAGCGGUGUAGACUGUCCCUUUAAAUGAUUCUAUAGAACAGACUUAGCCUUUAAAUAUAGAAUGUUAUGUUCAAAUUUAAUUGGAAAAGAAAGUUCAAUGCUUUUAUCACAGUACUAAUGGAUCUUCAUACAAGCGUAAGAAGGUAUCAAAACAAUAUUGCGGUUCCACCUAUAUACAUACAUAAGCACACACCCCUUUUUUUGUUUCAGACAUUAUUGUAUAAUACUAUUUAGUUUGGAUGUUAGGCGUACCCAUAUGAUUUUAGUUUCCGCUCCACUUCCAGACGUGUUAUCCCCAAAUGUUUUCUAACAAGGGGCCUUCUAGCUUCUGUCUUUCGCACAACUGCUGCUUCUUGAGUUGCCUGCAGACUCUUGCUGUGCCUUGGGAAUACUUUACAUUCUGCCGUAAUGAAUCUGAUCAUCAGUACUUGUAUUUAGGUGUGCCUGCACCACAGUGUUACAACCGAGCGAUUUUGUGGUGUCUAGCUUGCUGUAGAUACAAUUUAUACUUGAAUAUUAUUUUGAGUAUUUUUUAUCCUAUGAAUGAGGACUUUGUGUGUACACAGGAUUAUCUUCCCAAAAUGUAAAUAACCUAUUUGAUUAACAUUGUGAAACCUACAUUUAAUGCCCAACUCUGCAGACCUGCUCCCCCAAGAAAUAACUAGGCAUAUAUAUAUAUAUAUUUUCUUUUCUUUUUUUUAAAUGACAGAAUUAUGUUAUUCUGCAGAAUAAAAUAAGUUUUAGGCUAUUGAAGAUAUUAAUAUACACCUUAAAUUUGGUACACAUUAAGUUGUUUCCGUUAGUCUUGGGAAAUAAUUUCUUAAAGGUCUACAAAUAUGUAAUAUCAUUCUCAUUAUGGGUAUAUAGGCUUUAAAGGCCUAAUAUUGUUGGAUGAGAAGGGCCCAGUGGAUUUUAAUUUGAAGGACCAGGCUGAUUACCCAUGCCUGCUCAGUAUACUGUACUGCUCCGCUUUAUUUAUGUACAAUAAUUUAUAAUCCCUUAAAUCUGAAGUUGCUCUGUGUAUAAGCACAGUCUGAUAGAAUGUAUCAUUUCAAUAUUUUGGCUUAAGUGGCUAUUUUUAUUUUUAUUUAAUGUAUGAUUGUUUUGUUUUUCUUUUGUUUUAAAUCUACCUCGUUUUGUAGUGAACAUCUGGACAGAGGAAUCGCAUGCUGAUGUGAUUGCCCAUCAGAGAGGCUCUUCCCAUAUCCUUUGCCUUCCUCUCUGUUCUCCCUCUGCCUGGAAAACCAGGAUUUUUUAUAGCCUGUUUUUAUUUCUUGCUACCACCAUUUAUCUCUUUAGUGGCCUUUGUAAUACAGAUGUAAUGGCUUUAACUGCACCAGCAGAGAAUAUCUUAAUUGUACAGCAGGAAGACAUUGUUGUAGGAGCACUUUUUUAUUUAUUUAUUAAAUUGUAAUGAACGGAGUGGUUAACAA